AUGCCCACCACACCCCUUGUACUGUCGUACGAUUGGAAAAAUCUCCUUUGCCGCUACUAUCCUUCACUCUCCCUCGCGCCUUAUGAACCUAGUUCCCACAAGGUUCUCACUCUUUUCCUUCACUUCGCUUCGCUUCUAAAGUUGGUUCGAUGGAAGUACUUUCAGGGGAUUACGCUUUCCAAGCAGUGGUUUUCCCUAGAAUGGAAGCUUAAGGAAGAUGUUUACCCUGUUCAGCUAAAUACCCCUGUUGAAGCUUUGUUGAAGGAGGCAGAAAAAAUUGAUAAGCCUUGGCUGCUUGCGGGUGAUUUCAACACAACUAAAUCCCUGGACGGGGAUGGCUCCAGCAAUGUUAUGAGGAAAUGCGCUAAAUUUGCGUCAUGGAUUGAUGAUUGCGGGUUGAUAGAUUUGGGAUUCACAGGCCCGAAAUUCACAUGGCGGAAAGCCAUAUAUGAAGGCAUCUGUGAGACACUUACCGAGGGUAUACUCGGAUCACUGCCUAAUCCUAAUCGACAGAAAUGGAUCUCGACCUCCCCCUUUUGCUUCUCGGCCGUUUCGGUUUCGCCUGGUUUACACACAAAGAGUCCGAUUUUCCUUAGUCCAAGGGCAAUCUCAGGUUACAUCCAAGCUUGGGUUGGGGAUCAAGCUUUAGUGGAGGUGUGUCCGGAUAUGCAACAUACGCCUUGUGUGGUGUCUGAUUUUUUCUCAGUAACAGGGUGGGAUGUCGCUGCUCUUACUGUUUUUCUUCCGGAGGAGCGUAAGGUCCCUUUCUCUGGUAGGUCCGAUUGGAUUAAGGAUACUAUGGAUUCAGACCUACCGUUCACUAGUUCAGCUCGUGUCGCUUCUUUGACUUCACUGCGCUUCGAAAAGUUUGUUCCGUUCUCCAUUUAA